AUGGAAAACAUCCUUGACUCCCCGUACUAUCGACUCACCAAACGAGGGUUGCAAUGUAUUGGCCAUUGGCCUUUUCAGUCUACAAGAGAGAAGAGAAGCUUGAGGUGCUUGACUUUCAUUAUAACCAUCAGCUUAUUAAUACCUAAGAUUAUCAAAUGCAUAGAAUCCUUGGAUGAUGUUGACAUUACAAUUGAAUGCAUACCCAUUAUCAGCUGUUAUAUAUUAGCUCUGAUAAAAUUUUUCAAUUGGAUAAUUAUGGAAGAUCAUGUAAUUACAAGAGAUGUACGGUUAUUGAUGACUAUUGAAAGAGAUUGGAAGAGCUUGACUCGUCAACGUGAUAUUGAAAUUCUGCAUCAGUACUCAGAUAGGGGGCGGAAAUACAACUUGGCUUAUACAACGUUCAUCUAUGGAACUCUCCUGUUAUAUUUCUGCUCGCCAGCAGUUCCAAAAAUUUUGGAUUUUUUCAAUCCGUUGAAUGAGACUCGUCGUCGAGUAUUUUUAUUUCAAACGGAAUAUUUUAUCGAUCAAGACAAGUACUAUGUGCAAAUUUUGAUGCAUGCUUGGAUUACGGUAACGGUUGCUACAGCUUACAUUGUCUUUUUUGACAAUGUAUUUGCAUUAUUUGUUAAUCAUGCAUGUGGAAGGUUGGAAAUUCUGAGAGAUCACUUGGAAACAAUACAUUCAAAUGAAUUAAUCGAGAAUGGAGAAAAGUCUGUGGACGAUUUUGUAACUAUCAAGCGUCGUAUAGGGGUAUGUUCUGAUAUACAAACUCAAACGUUUCAAUUCAUUGAACUGUUGACGUCCUCCUACGAUAUUGCCCUAUUAUUUGUGGUGGGAAUUUCUAUGGCAUUGAUCGUAUUUACUGGCGUAGUUAUUGUGAUGAAGAUGUCUCAACCAACAGAGAUGAUUAGAAUUGUGGGGAUUUGCCUCGACUCAAUAUUCCAUUUAUUUUGGAUUAGUUGGUUAGGACACAUGCUGAUGGUACAGAACGAUCGUGUCUUCAAUGCAGCGUUAAGCGAAUGGUACAGCUUGUCUGAGCGAUCGCAGUUGAUGCUCAUUCCUCUCAUGAUGAGAAGUUCGAAACCAGUUCGAUGUCAAUUGACUGCUGGUAGAAUAUAUGUGAUGUCAAUGCAAAGUUUCGGAGCAGCCUUGAAAACUGUUGCAUCUUUGUUCACUAUUUUGAAUUCGAUGAGAUAG